AUGCGUCGCGUCCGCAUCGACCAUGUAGGAUUUCCACACAUUAUUGAAACCAUUCUUGUCAAUGCCAGUCCUGAGCUCCUGGUCGCCUUUCGCAACACGAACCGUCAUUUCCGCAACCAUGUCUCCAAGUUGACCGACCACAACGAAAUCUCUUGUUUCGACAGCGCCGACCGCGAGUCGCAACCGCAACAAGACGACUUCAUUGAAUGGCCGUGA